GGUUGAACCCACAAAUAUUCUAAAUGAUAAGAAGAUCUUUCCCGAUUUCAAAUCUGGACCAUUGACGGCGUAUCGUGAAAAGAGUUCGUUCUGUCACAAACGUAUGAAUGUUCUGCUGGAGGGUGAAGAUCAUAUUCGGCUAAAGCACCGCAUUUGGCAAUAUAUGGAAAAGCAUGAAGACUUCCAAAGAGAACCGGAAACCCCCUCGCUGGAGCGACAACGUCAAUUGGCCAAUAAGCGUUGCCAUCUGUUGUACAACAAAAACUUCUAUGGCUUGGCGGAAUAUAUCUCAAAUCCCCACCUCUCUUUGGCUGCUGCCCAGGCUAUGUUCAGCUAUGAAUUCAGUUUCUCUGUCAAAUAUUCCCUUUCGAAUGGUAUGUUCCCCAGUACCAUUCUGACCUUGGGUACCGAACGUUUGGGUUCAUAUGCCAGCAAGAUACAAAAUGGUGAAAUUGUCGGUGCAUUUGCCCUGACAGAAAUUUCCCAUGGUACCAAUGCUCGUGGUAUGCGUACUCGGGCCACCUACGAUAAGAAGACCAAGGAAUUUAUUAUUCACACACCGGACUUCGAGGCGGCGAAAUGUUGGGUCGGAAAUUUGGGUAAGACCUGUACCCAUGCUGUGGUGUAUGCUCAGCUUUAUGUGCCGGAUGAUACAUAUGUGGGUUUGAGUGCCUUCCUGGUGCCCAUUCGUGAUGAGAGAACCCUGAUGGCCUUCCCCGGGGUGACGGUGGGAGAUUUGGGUGAAAAGAUCGGCCUGAAUGGUAUUGAUAAUGGCUUUCUCAUGUUCAACAAUUAUCGCAUCCCUAAGGAUAACCUUUUGUCUAAGACCGGUGACAUUGAUGAGCAGGGCAAUUACAGCAGCCCCAUUAAGGAUAGCCGCAAACGUUUGGGUGCCUCCUUGGGAGCCUUGUCGGCGGGACGUGUAAACAUUUGCAAUUUGGCCAAUGUGGCCUUGGGUAAGGCUAUUACCAUUGCCACCAGAUAUUCGGCGGCCCGCAAACAGUUCGGUCCCGAUGAGACCUCUGAGGAGUGGCCGGUUUUGGAAUAUCAAUCACAGCAAUACCGCCUGUUCCCCCAUUUGGCCACCGCCUAUGCUCUGAACGUGUUCAGCCUGUGGUUGGGUCAUCAAAAUGUCGAUAUGACAAUGCGUUCAUUUAUGGGUGAAGAUACCUCAGCGGUGGGUAUGGAAAUGCAUGCUGCUUCGUCGGCCUGUAAACCCAUCUGCACCUGGUCGGCCCGUGAUGGUAUUCAGGAAUGUCGUGAGGCCUGUGGUGGUCAUGGUUAUUUGAAGGCUUCGGGUUUGGGUGACUUGCGUAAUGACAAUGAUGCCAACUGUACAUAUGAGGGUGAAAAUAAUACCCUGAUCCAGCAAGCUUCAAAUUGGUUGGUCGGUCUGAAACGGUCCAAUGCCAAUUUUGCUGAGGCCUCACCCAUGAAUACCGUCACAUUCCUUAAGGAUAUGGAUCAAAUAUUGAAACACAAGGCCGAGGAGAAGAAUGCCAAGGAAGUUGCCUGUCCACACAAUCUCCUGAAGGCCCUGAACUGGUUGGUGGCCUAUCAAUUGGAUCAGACCGUCAAACGUGUUGAAUCCUUGAAAUCUCAAGGUCUGAAUGCCUUUGAGACGCGCAACAAUAUGCAAGUGUUCAAUGCCCAGACACUGUCGAUUGUCUAUGCUCAACGUACGAUCUAUGCAGUUUUCCAUAAUUUCGUUGUGAAUUUACCCGAAAGUAAUGAGAAACAGGUUCUACUGAAAUUGCUCUCUAUGUAUGGUUGCCAUAUUGUGACGAAAAAUGCAGCCAUAUUCUAUCAAGGUGGUUAUUUCCGUCAAAACGGACAAUUGGAAUUCUAUCAAGAGGCUAUUUUGAAUUUAUUGCCGGUGAUUAAGAAUGAAGCUAUUACACUGGUCGAUGCUAUUUCACCACCAGAUUUUAUUUUGAACUCGCCAUUGGGUAUGAGUGAUGGCAAUGUCUACAAACAUUUGCAGCGUGCCAUUUUCUCCACACCCGGUGUCUUUGAACGCCCUGAGUGGUGGCGUGAAGUCACCUAUAAGGACUAUUUGCCCAAGCCCAAAAUGUAA